GCAAUAUAUAUAAGAGCUCCCCUGGGCCAACCUGUUUAGUUUCUCCGAUACUGUGAUACUUGAUAUUAAAUAUGAAAUCGGUUCUAGCAAUUUGUUGUCUCGUGACUUUAGCUUUUAGCCACGUUAGUGGUAAUUGCUCAGGAAAUUGUCCCGAUACUGAGGAUGUUGUGUGGGCCCUUGGUGGCGGUUGUAAUGUCUUUCGCAACAAAUGUUAUUUCGACAAGGAAAACUGUCACCGAAAACUAGCCCUGACCAUCACCACGAAGGAAGAGUGCCAGAAGCAUUGUGCUGAUAUUUGUCCAGCAAUUUAUCAACCUACAAGUGGAAUUUACAAUGGGCAAAUUAGGAACUUUGGCAAUGAAUGUUUGAAAAGUGUUCACACUUGCAAAACUGGCGAAACAUUUUUGUAAUCAGAGACGCAUACAUUCUCCAUAUUAAUAUGGGCACUUAAAUGGAAAACUGAAAUAUAUUUAUUUCCUCUUAAUUCUCAUUGAAAAAUAAACAAGGUUUCGACAAAUAA